UGGUUUGAACUGUUCAUGUGGGUUCUCGUCUCUGAAGCCAGAGGACCUGGAGGAGUUGGACUGUUACCGACAACAUGAACGUCAGCAACGGGACUGACUGCGACCAGGUCAACACCCCGGCCCAUGUCUUCUUCAUGCUCGUCUACAGUCUGCAGUUCCUGGUCGGCCUGCUCCUGAACGGUUUCACCCUGAAGGUUUACUUCUGCAGAGGCCAGCAGCAGAGGACCAGCAGCGUGACCGUCUACCUGAAGAACCUGGCGGCCUCCGACUUCCUGAUCAGCCUCUGUCUCCCCGUUCGAAUCCUCCACUUCGCCAGCAGCUCCGUCCCCGUGCGCCUGGUCUACUGCCACUUCGGUUCUGCCGCCUUCUACCUCAACAUGUACGCCAGCAUCCUGUUCAUGGGUUUCAUCGCCGCUAACAGGUAUCUGAAGAUCGUCCACCCUGUAGGAAAUCACAUCCUGCAGACCGUGAGGGUCGCUCGCCUCGUCUCCACCGGGACCUGGCUCUUCCUUCUGGCCUCGUCCUGCAGCUACAUCGUCCUGUCCCUCCUCACCCAGGACUCAGAGCCGUCCCGCAGGGUGCCGGUCACUCACAGCUGUGAAGUCCUGCACAGUCCACAGCUCCGCGUUUUCUACAAAUUCAUCCACACCUGCUCCGCCACCAUCUUCCUGCUGGUCCUCGUCUCCCUGGUCCUCUUCUACUGGGGCACGUCCCGCAGGCUGUCCCAGGUCCAGCAGAGGCAGCCGGCGUCCUCCAGCUUCAACAAACUGGCCAAGUGCCACAGGAACAUGUUGGUUCUGGUCAUCGUGUUCUGCGUCUGCUUCGUCCCGUACCACCUGGUGCGACUCCCCUACGCCUUCCUGUCCAAGCAGUGCCGCUGGAAGCAGACCUUCUUCUACCUGAAGGAGCUGACCGUCAUGGUGUCGGUUCUCAACGUCUGCCUGGACCCGCUCAUCUACUUCAUCUUCUGCAAGACCUUCAGGGCCCAGCUGGGCACGAGGAGGCCGGUCAGCACGUCGCAGGUCUCGUCCAACGCAGGAAGACUCGAGAUGAAAAGCAACGACGAGUGUUGAAGCAGAGCGGCGUCCACACACAACACCUGGGACUUGUGUGGUCAAAAAGCAACAAUCACAAAUACACAGACAACAAGAGACGUCAUCAGUGACCUGCAGAAAGCUUCACACGUUCUGAAGAAAUGACCCGAUGCCAGGAGGUGCUCUAGGUUUGGCUGAAACUCUGAAAUGAGGUUUUGUCACUGAGUCCAAAAGAAUUAAAGGGGACAUAUUAUGAAAAUUCCACUUUUGUAGUUCUUCUACAUGUUAAUGUUCCU